CCACAUAACAGCCGAUAGCCUUAAUAGCUGAUGCCAUGUCUCAGUCCCUCAUCGGCAAGAACGGGACUGAAUCACCCGAACCUGUCAAAGCAGAAGUAACAGGAUGUGUCCCUGAGUGGCUACAAGGGACAUUGCUGCGCAAUGGGCCUGGUCUUUUUAAUGUGGGAGCCACUGAAUACAACCACUGGUUUGACGGCAUGGCCUUAAUUCAUAGUUUCACCUUCAAAGAUGGUGAGGUGUACUACAGGAGUAAAUUCCUGAGGAGUGACACCUUCAAGAAAAACACUCAGGCAAACAAGAUUGUUGUGUCAGAAUUUGGGACCAUGAUCUAUCCCGAUCCCUGCAAAAACAUAUUUUCAAAAGCCUUCUCCUACCUUCUCGCUGCCAUCCCUGACUUCACAGAUAACAACCUGAUAAACAUCAUUAGAUAUGGGGAGGACUACUACGCCUCAUCAGAAGUCAACUACAUGAAUCAAAUUGACCCAAUGACCCUGGACGUAAUUGGAAAGAUGAACUACAGGAAUCACAUUGCUCUGAACAUGGCGACUGCACACCCUCACUACGACGAUGAGGGAAACACCUAUAACAUGGGAACUGCCCUCAUGAGGUUUGGCAUGCCCAACUAUGUCAUCUUCAAGGUUCCAGUAAAUGCAUCAGAUAAGGAGCAUAAGAAGCCUGCCCUGCGGAAGGUGAAGCAGGUCUGCAAUAUACCGAUUCGCUCUACCCUCUUCCCCAGCUACUUCCACAGCUUCGGCAUGACAGAGAAUUACAUAAUCUUUGUCGAGCAGCCAUUCAAACUGGACAUCCUCAGACUGGCCACAGCUAUAUUUAGAAGGGUCACCUGGGCCAGCUGCCUCAAAUACGACAAAGAGGACAUUACGCUGAUCCACCUGAUCGACAAGAAGACUGGGAAGGCUGUGUCCACCAAGUUCUACACCGAUGCCCUGGUGGUUUUCCACCACAUCAACGCCUACGAGGACGACGGCCAUGUAGUGUUUGACAUGAUCACCUACAAAGACGGCAAUCUGUAUGAAAUGUUCUACUUUGCGAACCUGAGAAAGGAAACCCAGGAAUUCAUUGAGAGCAACAAGGUCAACAUCUCCCCACCAAUCUGCCAGAGAUUCGUCUUGCCUCUCACUGUUGACAAGGAUACUUCAAAUGGAACAAAUCUUGUGAGGCUCAAAGACACAACAGCCAAAGCAGUGAUGCAGAGCGAUGGCUCGCUGUAUUGCCUGCCUGAAACAAUAUUUCAAGGUUUGGAGUUGCCAGGGAUGAACUACAAAUUCAAUGGCAAGAAGUACCGUUAUUUCUAUGGCUCAAGAGUGGAGUGGACUCCACAUCCAAAUAAGAUUGGGAAGGUGGACAUCGUGACCAGAAAGUACAUUGAGUGGACAGAGAAGGACUGCUACCCCUCUGAGCCUGUGUUUGUUGCUUCACCAGGAGCUGUGGAGGAGGAUGAUGGAGUCAUUUUGACCUCAGUCGUCUCACUCAAUCCAAAGAAAUCCCCCUUCAUGCUUGUCCUCAAUGCCAAAACCUUUGAGGAAAUUGCUCGUGCCUCAAUCGACGCCAGCAUUCACUUGGAUCUGCAUGGACACUUCAUUCCCACACAGAGCACCAACUGACAUAACCAGCAUAGGGCAGGAUUGUACCUUAACAUUGUAGAGGGCAAAGUAUUGUACCCAACCAUGUAAAGUCGAUGU